UUUAUAUAAUAUACGAGGGAUUUUUAUUUUCUGACAGAAGAUUCCCUUUCCAACUAUAGUCAUUCUUUUUUAUCAAUUACUUUUUGGGUCGUUGGCAGAUUUCAUCUGCAUUGCAUAUUGAGGUCUUCACCUUUUUACGAUAAUUCCUUUUUCCAUUCUGGUCUAACUUCUAAAUCAACUUCGAAUUCGAGACGGCACGGUACGACAAGUUGGAUAGCGACGACGGAAGAAAGGAAAAGAAAGGAAAUCCAAGCAAGGAAAUCAAUCGAGUAGACAUCAGACGAAAAUACAUCAUACCUAGGUACUACAUCAAACAAUCAUUCUUCGACGCAAUCGAUCCGGCUUGAAAAGAAACAAUCGGGACGGGAAGGAUUGAAGGAAGAAGAAUCAUCGAUUGUUCUCUCGUUUCAUAACAAUUCAUACAAUACCACCGACCCUCUUGAACGAACGUUCGAUAAUUGUUAACUUCUCUUCCACCGACGACUAUACUGGUUGUCGAUUUGAAGUUCGAAAAGUGAUGCUGGAACCACGAUUGUAGAGAUAUACCGUGUUGUAUAUACCUAUCAUCUUUGAACAAUAUGGAUCUAGAUCUAGAUCUGGAAAUGGAUAUGGAUUUGGAUACGAAUAUAGAUAUGAAAACGAUGUAUGAGGUGUCGAUAUCAAAGUCGCCAUCUUAUUCGCCUUCCUUUCCUUCGCAACAAUUCACGUCGCACUAUCCAACGGUCGCGGCACCAACUCUCCCUAUCCGCAUCCCUACCGUCACCAAACGGGUUUCAAGCAAUCAAGCUUCUCUCACCACAUCGUCGUCAUCAUUACCAUCGACGUCUUCUUCUUCCAAAAGUUACAAAACUCGUAAUCUUCAUACAUUUUCUUCUCCAACUAAUUUUAUAAUACUAUUGACAAUAUUUUCCUCCCUCCUCAUCACAACAUGUUCGGCCGAAUUUUAUAUUGAAGAACGAAUGGUUGAAGUUCGAGAAGAGAUUCCCGAACUAUUUGCAUCCACACUCGCACGUCUAGCUAGAUCUGGCACUAUUUUAGUUGAUCAACGACCCGAUCCAUCGCUCCCACGCAAUUCGCUUCCGGAACUUAAGACUUGGGAAAUUACCUCGAGGACCUCUAGUGACGAAGGAGAACUUGAAGGAGACCAAGAAAAAGCAACCAACAUUCCAAUUGAACCUCAAUCGUCAAAUCUAGAUCUCGACUCCGACUGCGAAUCCGAUCUUAUUAAAAAGAGAAACGUAGCGGCGAUAACUUCCACAGCCACAAUCACACCUCCCAGAAGUACAAGUACAGCAACCGCGACCGAUUCCGCCUCAUCGUCGUCAACACUGGCGGAAUCGCAAACGAGUAGCGGACUGGUGUCCGCUGCUACGGGAACAACCAAUUUACCCACGCCGUUCGAUAGUGGGUUUACGAGUAACAUUACUUCAACAUGUUCGAGUUUUAUGAUGGACUUUUUGGCAAACGAGACUUUUAAAGCUUGUUUGCCUUUUUCAUUGUUAUUGCAGAACUCCAACUCUUUCUUCCAAGCCUCCAAAUCCCUCGUUCGCAUCACCCAAACCCUCGAUGCCUCCUGCUCCGCCAACGCGCAAUCAUGCUCAACCCUGAUGUCCUCCAUCGCCUCCAACAUCACCUCCACCACCGCCUGCUCCGUCGAUCUCCUCGCCGCCAAUCCUCUCGUCACACAAGCUCGUCUAGGUCUCCUCGCCUACUCCACCCUCUACACCGCAUCCUGUCUCAAAGAUCCUUCCAAUGGCGCAUACUGCUACGCGCAAGCCGUCACAAAUUCUUCCUCCCCAACAGACAGCUACAUAUACUAUCUCCCUCUAAACACGAGUCUCCCCGGCGGCUCCCAACCCACCUGCAACCAGUGUCUGAAAAACACAAUGGCGAUCUUUGAAUCUGCGGGCGCGGUCAGAACGAGCGCGAUAGCGGGUACUUAUGCCCAAGCCGCUGGAAUGGUAAAUGUACAAUGCGGACCGGGAUUUGUGAAUGCGAGUUUACCUGCUGCGGCGGUGGUGACGGGAGGUGCAGGAUCACGAAUGGAUGGGUUGGGCGGAGGAAUCGGUUUGAGUAGUUUGCUGGUGCUGUGGAUUGCGAUCUUUAGAUGGUUAAUAUGAGGGAAGAUGGAUACGAAUCUAGAUGUGAAUAUGGAUACGGAUAUGAAUUCGAAAGUAGAAGAUGGGGAGAAAAGAGAAUGGGAUACCCGAACCAAGAACAACAACAAUUAGGCUACGCCGGCCCAAAACCUCGAUGUCAAGAGGAGGCUUUACAUAUAUAAUUUAAUAAUCAACGGAAUAACUCGUAUACCCAUUCAUCAUAUCAGAUACAAUCACCGGAUGGGAAAGGAUAGGAUAGGACGGGAUACCUUCCAUCCAUCCAUUCUUCUGACCCCAUCGGUCCAAAAAUCUCCUCGAGUCCCAACUUUCCCGUUCCACCUCCCACCUCCCACCUCCCACCUCCCAACUCAAAGAGUACCUACCUCCCCAAAUUCCUACCGCACCACCUCACCACCUCCCCACACGAGCACACCACACCACACGAGGAAUCAACCACAUAAUCACAGAAUCAACCACAGAAUCACAGAAUCACAUGAUCUCAGAAUCACAGCAUCUCACAAUUAUAAAUUAACAUUAUACAUUAUACACUAUACCCAAACUCAAGAAACAGAACCGAAACCGAGGAAUGGAAUGAAACCGCAGCGAAACAGGAUAUAAGAUACGAUACUCUCGGAAACGGAAAUGGAAAUGGGAAUGGAUCGGAUCAGAUGGAUUGAAGAUGAUCGGUCACGCAAAAUUCUUUUUUUUCUCUCUCUUCAUGUUUAUGUUUAUGUUCGUGGUUGGGUAUUUAUUUAUGUAUCUAGGUAUCUAUGUGGGUAGAUACAUCCAGGUACAUGGGUAUAUACGUAUAUUUAGCAGUGGCGUGGAGCUUUUUAUAUUUUUAUACUUAUUUAU